CAGAGAUAUAGAGCAAGGGAGAGAAAGCGUCAGAGAGAGGAGGGAAACCGAGACAGAGAGUGGAGGCUGAGCGCAUCUCUCCAUUGAUCUUGAACCAUCAAGUGUUCCUCUUUGUCCAGGACACUGACCUGUUGUCUGAUACACCGGCCAAUCAAAACCAGGGUUACAGUGGCAGUCAUGUCAGGGAUGCACCGUUCAACCAAUCAGAGCUAGGAUUCUACACAUUUUGGUGUUCCGUUGCACAGAUGAACCAAUCACACGCAGGUGUCUCACUCUGCAUCCCACAGAACCUACGGAACCCGAAUCCAACGAACCAAUCAGAUACAGGAUUGCUGGUCCCAGAACAAAUCCGGAGGAUGGCGAGGGUUCAUCGCUGUUUCCAAGCAACCAAUCGGACUGCAGAUUACUAACCUCACCACCUCACUGGAUUACACAUUGGGGGAUUUUAGAGGAACCAGGAUUCCAGCCAAUCAGAGCUUGUGGAGGACUGAGACGUUGGCGCGUGGUGAUUGGCUGCUGUGUCCGAUGGGGGCGUGACCCGUGGUUGUGGCCCGGUCUGACCCUGGCUGGUCUGACCCUUAACCUCUAACCCCUGACCUGUAACCCCAGACCCCUCUGGUCCUGGCUCUCCAGCUGCUGUGCUGUUUGGGUUCUGGUCCCGUCCGCACUGGGGGAGGGGCCAAAAAGAACAAUCAGCCAAUCACGAUGAAGAAGAGUCGCAGCGUGCAGCGUCUGUCGCUGGCCGGAGAAGAGGAGGAUAAUGACACUGAUUCGUCAGGCUGUGCUGAGAAGGCGGAGUCAGGGCUCUACAGCAGCUCCUACACGUCAGGAGCCACUCUGGGGGCGGAGCUACGCAUGGGGAGGAGCAGGAGGCUGGCCUCCAGUUUGCAGGUUCCGUGUUGGCUCCGCCCCCGAGACAGGACACGCUCACCUGAGAUCCUGAGUAACAUGCCACGCCCCACGUCCCUGCCCCUCUGCAUCCCACCACGCAUCGCCAUCACACCUGCAGACACAGACAGUGAGCUGGAGAACGGGGUGUCUCCGGGCCAUACCCCUCUUGGCUCCCAGAGUCCCAGCCUGACCCUGCACCCUUCCUUCCCCCAGGGGGGUCGACGAGAGUCCUUCCUCUACCGGUCAGACUCUGACUACGACAUGUCCCCCAAAAACUCAGUCUCACGCAAUUCUAUCGCCAGCGAAGGGCAUGCAGGAGAAGACUUCAUUGUUACCCCCUUUGCUCAGGUGUUAGCCAGCCUGCGCUCGGUACGGAGCAACUUCACCCUCCUCGCCAACAUCUCCAUGCCAACCGUCAAGAGGUCUCCACUGGGCGGUGUAGCGCCCCACAACCCCAGAGCUGCUCUAUCAGAUCAACAGUAUGAGCAGCUGGCUACAGACACUCUGGAGGAGCUGGACUGGUGUCUGGACCAGCUAGAGACCAUCCAGACUCACCGCUCUGUCAGCGAUAUGGCCUCCAACAAGUUUAAAAGGAUGUUAAACAGGGAACUGUCUCACCUAUCAGAGAUGAGUCGUUCGGGUAACCAGGUGUCUGAGUACAUCUCCAGCACGUUCAUGGACCAGCCCAACGAGGUGGAGCUGCCGUCCCCUCGUCUAAAGGAGAAGUCUAUGAGUCAGAUUAGCGGAGUGAGGAAUCUGUCCCACAGCUCCACUCUGUCCUCCUCUUCUGUUCCGCGCUUCGGAGUCAACACUGAACAGGAGGACCAGCUAGCCAGGGAGCUAGAGGACCUGGACAAGUGGAGUUUCAACAUCUUCAGAGUGUCAGAGUUCUCCAACAGCAGGCCUCUCAGCUGCAUCAUGUACGCCAUCUUCCAGGAACGUGAUCUCCUAAAGACGUUCCGCAUCCCCGUCGACACCUUCGUGACCUACGUGAUGACCCUGGAAGACCAUUACCAUGGCAACGUGGCCUACCACAACAGCCUGCACGCCGCCGACGUCUGCCAGUCCACACACGUCCUCCUCUCCACACCCGCACUAGACGCUGUGUUUACAGACCUGGAGAUCCUAGCAGCUCUGUUUGCUGCAGCCAUCCAUGAUGUGGACCACCCUGGAGUGUCUAACCAGUUCCUCAUCAACACCAACUCUGAGCUGGCUCUCAUGUACAAUGAUGAGUCAGUGUUAGAGAACCAUCACUUGGCUGUUGGCUUCAAGCUGCUCCACCUGGACAACUGUGACAUCUUCCAGAACCUGACCAAGAGACAGCGACAGAGCCUCCGCAAGCUGGUCAUCGAUAUGGUGUUAGCCACAGACAUGUCUAAACACAUGACUCUACUAGCUGAUCUGAAGACCAUGGUGGAAACUAAGAAGGUGACCAGUUCAGGAGUGCUGCUGUUGGACCACUAUACAGAACGCAUACAGGUCCUGAGGAACAUGGUCCACUGUGCAGACCUCAGACCAAGUCUCCUCUCUCUCUGUAGGUCCUGA